AUGAAGCUCUAUCAGGCAGCUGUUGGAGUAAUCCACAGUGAUCAGACCAGAGUGAAAUGGGACUCUGAUAUUUGUGUGAUGUCUGCUAUACAGGGAGGAAAAGGAAGGGCAAGGAUGAUAUAAAAAGGGAGAGGGCCAGGCAUAAGACACCCAGCUGGGCAGCCAGGAGGACUCAGGGACCAUAAAAAUAAGCAUCUGGCCUUUAUAAAGCAGCAAAUAUACUUGGAUCUGCCCAACUCCAGAGCCACCACUGAGUGA